GGCAUUCCUUUGCCCAGCCUUUUUCCGUGACUCGCUCCAGUCACCCCCCGAAAAUCUAGCUAGCGAAGUAAAAGAAUGCAUUGCCUAUUUUGAUCUCAGAAUCAAUUUGGUAUCGAUAGACAACACAUGGGCACAUAUCUAGUUUUGUUUGUGUCGAUGAACGUUAAAAAAAUAAUUUUCUAGACUGUGCUACCUAAUGUUUUCCAGGUAGCUGGGCUUAAAAGUAACGAAGCACAGCACAGGGUUAGUUAUCAGUACAGUAAUUUAGCUAGCUAACGUUAGCUCGAAUUGUGGGGUGCCUAUUGUGUUAGCUAGCCAGCUAACUUUAACGGCUUUUCUGAUUUGCUCUUGUUGGAAAUAUUUUCAUACUUCUUUGAGUUGCCUUCAUUCUCAUCACCGGUGGAUAUGGGACUACUUUUUACCAAGCUGAUGACUGUCUUCGGAGACAGAGAACACAAAGUGAUCAUAGUGGGCCUGGACAAUGCUGGGAAGACCACUAUCCUCUACCAAUUCCUUACCAAAGAGGCGGUCCACACCUCCCCCACCAUUGGCAGUAACGUAGAGGAGAUCUCUGUACGCAAGACCCGCUUCCUGGUGUGGGACGUCGGAGGCCAGGAAAGCCUGAGAGCCAGCUGGAACUCCUACUACUGCAACACAGAGAUUGUUAUUCUGGUUGUGGACAGCACAGACCGUGAGCGCCUAACUCUGAACAAAGAUGAACUUCACCGCAUGCUUGAACAUGAGGACCUACAGAAUGCUGCGAUUCUAGUUCUGGCCAACAAGCAGGACAUGAAGGACUCUAUGACAGUGGCAGAGAUCUCCCAGUGCCUCACCCUCAGCUCCAUUACAGCCCACUCCUGGCAUGUACAGGCCUGCUGUGCCCUCACAGGGGAGGGACUACCUGCCAGUCUGGACUGGAUGAGGUCUCGUGUCCUGGCCAGUUAGAACUCCUUCCGUGGGCUCAUCCCAAUUGGAACCAGGACAGCUAUCCUUUGACCCAACAAACACAACCUCAUAGACAUUGCAGCUGAAGCCACAGUGCCCAGAUCAGGACCUCCACUAUCUGUUGUGACGCUGCCCCUCUGAGCCCCAGGGCUGGCCCCAGACCUGCCCUGUCACCCGCAUGCCUUACCCAGGCCUUACUGUGUCUGCAAGGGCUGACCAGGGUCCAGAUCGGCAUCGCGAUAGAGGAGGCCUGGAGGAACCUGGCAGAACCUCAACUAGGCAUGCCAGGGUAUGCCAUUGUGCAUUAGCGUUAGCAUGGGUGCGUGUGUUAUAGUGUGUGAGACUCUGUUCUAGAUGCCCACCAUGUUUACAUAAGAAUCCUACCUGUCAUACCUGAUUCCAUGAGGGUGACACAGUAUGUCCCACAUAAGCUGAAUAGGGACCUAUCACAGUAUUUAAGCCUCCUGUCCUCAUGAACUCCACAGAGAUGGAAUGAGAGGUUGCAUUGGAUUUCUUUAACAUACAGUUUUGUACCUCUGACUUGAAGAAAGCCACAGUACACAUGUUAAGAGGCCAGACCGAAUGGGGAUCAGACUGGUGCUCAGCCUUCUAAGCUAUCAAUGCACAAAUUACUUGGAAGUAUUUAUAUCAAAGAAGGAAAAAGGUGGUUGCUUGACAGUGAAAAAUAGCAUCAUGAUUUCUGUUAAAAAAGCAAGAUGACAAACAAGUAUUGUCUGAUUUAAAACAGGUUAAUUAUGUGUAUUUUUUUAUACAUAUACAGUAUUUUACAGUGUAUAAAAUAUUUUUUGUACAAAUAAAUGUUAUUAUUGAUAAACUGGU